AACUUGUGCAACGUGUGUAGCGUGUAUUCUAUGAUUGUUCAAAAUGCUUGAUAUCUUGACCGAUAUGAAGUCAAAAACCCCCAAGAAAUUCAAAGAAGAAAGACAAGAGAAUGAAGAAUUUGAUGGUAACCAAAAUAAUUCCAUUUUAGUGAAUGGAGCUCUAGAAGAGGCAGUUUUAGCCGAAGAGAAACCGCGCGCUAAAGUCCCUCGUGUGGAACAACAACACUCCGAUUAUGGCUCUCAGCUGAGAAUUAUCAAAAUKAACGGUCAAGUUAGAGAGCUACAAACUAUCUUACGGGACAGGUCAACCAGCAGAAGUGACUUUAUGUUUUAUGCUGAUAGAUUAGUAAGUAGGGGUAAUACCGUAUGGACAGGGCUAAGCUCAGUCAAUAAGAACUCCAUCAUGGUUAAAACACCUACAGGAUCAAAUUAUGAUGGACUACUGUUUAUGAGGGGAAACUGUGGCGUCAGCAUAAUGAGAAGUGGUGAAGCUAUGGAAAAAGGGCUUAGAGACUGUUGUAGAUCCAUUAGAAUAGGAAAACUACUUAUAAAAUUUGAUGAGGAAACACAAAAGACAGUGGUAUACUAUGCCAAAUUUCCUUCAGACAUUGAUAAACGAAAAGUGCUGUUAAUGUAUCCAUUGUUGAAAACCGGUGCGACGGUGAUCACAGCAAUAGAUGUACUGUUUGAACAUGGUGUAAAAGAAGAGAAUAUAAUUAUCCUGUCGUUAUUCUGCACACCACUCGCUAUGGAUUCAAUACUGAAAAAGUUUCCAUCCUUACUGAUUCUUACUACUGAAGUCCAUGAAGACUGUUCUAUUUUAUUUGGUCAAAAAUACUUUGGUACUGAUAUCAAUUAACUCAGGAAACUACUACUUUUCAAGUAGAAAAGGAAGACAAAAUUCUGACCAAAACAGUUCCAAAUGGUGGCCAGCAAAAGAUGGUCUUAUGCUUUUSCCUCUACUGCAAUGGUGGUAUUUUCUGGUCCCGGAAGCAGAAAAAUGAAUCAAAUUCUCAAUAGRAAAUCUGUUUUAUUAUCUCUACAAUWUUACUAAAGAAGAUUUUGGAAAACAUUUUAAAACAGCGUCAGCAAAAUUCAACUUUGCUUCYUGUUCUUUCUGAAUAUAUUCAAGAACGUUCAAAGKAAUAAUUAAAUAAUGGACUCUGCUAUUAAAAAGUUUUAAGUUUACCAGAAGUCAACAAAGUUUUCAUAAUUGACUGUACCAGUUGAACUGUUGUCGAACUUCUCAUUAUCAGUGCUGUAUUUUGAAAAGACUGGCUAACAUCCAAAGGAGUAUUGCAUUCUUACACUCAUGUUUAAAGCUAAAGUUCCCUUUUAUAUCUCUAACCUCUGUUAUGAGGUUUGAUCAUAUAAGGUUGAUAUCCAUAUUGUGUCGCCAUGUACAACAUGUACAAAUUACAAUAGUAAAAUUUAAUACCAUUGUUAAAAAACUUUAAGAAAAUUUUUUUUAUUCAGUUCUAUUUGGCUUUGUUGUGUCUGUCCUUUUAAGACAUAAGAGAGAGGAAAAGAUGCAACAUAUACCUUGACAAUUUUAAAGUAAAAAGUAAAGCUAUGGUUAAAGAAUGGGUUUUUUCACAUUACUAUGUAAUCCUCGUAAUCAAGUCUUAAGCAAAAGAAAGAUGAACAGCUAGAGUGAGGACAUUUUAAUUUUAAAAAGCAAUGGUUUUGCCUCUAACAGCCAAGUGCCAGUCCACACUACAACAUAAGUAGAAUCAUAAGUUGAGAACAAAAGAAAAGACUUGMAAAUGACGACAAGCGUGCAACUGCAUAAGGUGUCUGACAAUCAUAUAGGCAUAUAGCAGAAAYAAAGGAGCAUAGAAAAAAAGAGAAGUGGCCCUGUCCAUCAUUGAACAUAUACAUUGUUGUAUAAACUGAUAUUUUAUGAUAUGCAUGUUACAUUCAUUGAGACAAAUAAARGUUUUUGAAAAGCUGA